AUGGCAGAAAACGACACACGACCGUCGUGUGAAGAAUGGUGGCAUAUAUUUGAGAAUAUUAACCAUUACUUUCGCGAUGAUAUUGUUUUGAAUGGGACUGGGUAUGCUUCUACAGAGAUUGGCUACGCGAUCACAGCUGCCUACCUCGUGGUGAUAUUGUUUGGCGCCUUCGGAAAUUUUAUGACGAUCCUGGUCGUCGUGAUCAAUCCUCAUAUGCGAACCACCCGCAACUUUUUCAUCAUGAACCUCGCGUUGAGCGACUUUUUUGUCUGUACCGUCACGGCACCAAUCACACUCUAUACCGUAAUGUUCACCUUCUGGCCAUUCGGAACACUGCCAUGCAAAAUAGCCGGCAGUCUACAGGGGUUCAACGUCUUCUUGUCGACGUUCAGCAUCGCAGCCAUUGCACUCGAUCGUUACGUGCUCGUCAUCUUCCCAACAAAACGAGAAAGACAACAAAACCUGGCGCUCGUAUUUUUUAUCAUGAUUUGGAUCACAUCACUGAUACUCGCUAUUCCACUCUUCAUAGCAUCCGACUUAAAGCCAGUGUUCCGGUCGGAACCCUGUGGAAUCUCCCUAGAUUUGUGCCAUGAGCAAAAUGAUAUUUGGAACAAUAUGUGGAUCUCCAAGCGUGAUUAUACUCUCGGCGCACUAGCGACGCAUUAUGCCUUUCCGCUGUGUUCUACGGUUUUUGCAUAUUCUCGCAUCGCUCACCGUAUGAAAAUGCGAUUUUCCACAAAAAAUAAUGCUCGCCCAGCGAUGGCGUCGAGUCUACGGCGAAGAUCGGUCGUCGAGAGACAAAGACGUACUCAUCUAUUGUUAAUUUGCGUUGUGGCCGUUUUUGGGAUCGCCUGGCUGCCGUUAAACGUUUUUCAUAUGACAAAUACUUUCGAAUGGGCGCCAUUUUCUGUGAUUGUCUUUGCUGGCUGUCACAUCAUUGCGAUGUGCUCAUCAUGCCUAAACCCCCUCUUCUACGCGUUCUUCAACCAGAACUUCCGCACCGAAUUCAUCGCAUUAUUCGAUAAGGCCGGGCUACGUCGGGUGCGUCAUUUCUUUGGGACGAUUGAUCGGCUACUUGGGAAUGAGAUGCCGCAGACCACGAAAGGAGUCACCGCCAGCGAAUUCUACCCAGACAUCACCGAAACUUUCCCACUGGCUGCUACAGAAGCCCACCGACCUGAAGAAAACCUCAGCUCCCUCCGUGUCCCCAGCAAAUGUGUACCGGCC